UUUGGCUCUUGGCUCCACUGGCUAGUUUAAUUAUCUUCACAACGAAUACAUCAGUUCUCUAGAUCACGCAUCCGAACUUCGUGACGCUAAACAACUUGCUAGAGACACCAGACGCGCCGCAUGGCAUGGCACUACUCUAAUCGCCGAAUACAAACUAAAAGACACCUCACAAAUUACACCAAUGAGUUCCACAGCCACAUGUCGUGGGAACGCUCUGCUCCUGAUUUUAUGAAACAGGGAAACCCGAGAUGGGGCAGUCGCCACUAUUUCUUCAACAAAUUUAUGUCUACGAGCUUCAGAGAGAAGACACCUCCUGAAGAAUUACAACCUUACCUCAUUGAUGUUCUGGAAAAUUACACCUCUGACGAUACGCGAGAAAUCGAAUUUCAUCUUCAGAAACGGGAUAAGAUUAAUCCUUCUCUUAACUCCUCCAGUAGACCUAGGGUUAACCUCGACCAUCGACCGAUUCCUUUGAUGACUCCCCGACCGCUGGUCCUAGUAAAAAAUAGUCCUUUUCUUUUUUUUUCUCACUUUUGUAAUGAGUCUAAUUAUAUAACAAGGCUUAGUUCCUUUCUUACAACUUUUGACGUACUCCCUCUUAUACAUCUAAUUACAACCUUAUGUUAUGGGUGGGUACCUCAUUUUAAAACAACUUAGAAUAGUGCGAAUCAUUCCGCCCUUGACGGGUGGUGGCCUUCGGGUCAAAAGUAAAAUACGGAUCAAAUUUUUUCGUUCUUAGUCGUUUUAUCUUUUUUUGCUUCUUCUUUUUCGUUGGUUACUUUCUUUAAC